AUGAAGAUACCAGGCUUUGAAGAUGCUUCUGCUACAAUAAAAUUUAUAAGGAUAUUCAACUGCCUGUUUGAUAUAUUAAAUUCCAGAAGCCUUCUGCAGAAUAAGUGGAAGCAGCCUCUGAAUGUUCACAAUUUCAAGGUUGUUAAAGAAUUUUUAAUGGAAGCUCAGGCAUACAUCAAAACACUUACUGUGUGUCAGGGACAAAGAGUUGUGGACAGUAACAGGAAAACAGGUUUCAUUGGCUUCCUAGUGUGUAUUUCUAGUGUCUUGCACCUCUAUACAAAGCUUGGACCACAAUCCUCUGCACCUUUGUUGAAGUUCCUCCCCAUUUAUAAGUGCUCCCAAGAUCAUUUGGAGAUGUUUUGUAGUGCAAUCCGUAGUCGUGGUGGAUGGAAUAACAAUCCAACAGCUCGACAGUUCAUAUCUGCCUAUAAGAAACUCCUGAUUGACAAUGAAAUUCGUGAGUCAGACCGAGGCAAUUGUAUAGCCCUGGAAGAGAUCCCUAUUUUGACGUACAGUGGUCAGACUAUAGAACAACAAAUUAAUUUCACCACUGAACGUAGGCAAUUAUUAGAUAUGGAAACCCAUUUGGUGAGCCAUGAUCAUGAUUACGUUGAAGCUGAAAUGAUUCUCUCUGAAGUGGCAACCCAUAUUGUUGUUUAUAUUUCAGGAUUUGUGGUUCGUCACUUAGAGAGAACUUUACAGUGUGAAACAUGCAUGUCAGUGUUGCGAGGGGAAGGGAGUCAUACUGCCUAUUCUCUUAUACACAGAAAGAGUAGAGGUGGUUUGAUUUCACCAUCUGACGAUGUUGUGGACAUUUGUAUGUGUUCUGAAAAAGUAUUUAGAAAAUACAGUGCUGGAAAUAGGAGGGUUCCUGUGAAAGAUCUUAAUACUAAAUGUGUGUCAGAGGUACUUGGCACUUUUCUGUACAAGCCUGUGUUUGAAGAAUUGGGAGAGCACAUGAAGGAUCAGCACCCAUUAGAUAAUCACUUGGUACUGCUGAUCAAAGCUAUUGCGAAACGGUACCUGCUGACACGUCAGAAACAUGCUGCAAAAUGUGUAACAGAUUCACUCCAUGAAAAAAAAUUGAGAACAGCAUACACCAAAUUAGUUCUUUUUAAAGGUCAAUAA